CAGUUGUAUAACACUCGCAAAAAUGUUGUUAGACCUGUUGUCAUAUUUGUAAAGUCACGUUUUGAAUACAUACAUGCAUUUAAAAUUGAAAGAGCAGACUAUCAUUAUCCUAGAUGUGAAUUCAUUUGCAUGGAGCUUGCAUUGGAUUGUGUAAAUUCUUUCGAAAGUGUGAGACAGAAAUCUAGGAUUUCAUACAGCUCGAGUUCUGUGUGAAUUUGUAUUGGAGUUAAUAUUAACAGUAUUCUAUCGCGUGAAUUAGUAUGAGAAAGUGAGACAGGAAGAUUAAAAAAUGGGAUUCCACACAGUUCUCAGUGUUGUAACACAGAUCUGGAUUAUUAGACCCCCUCUGGUAUCGCUUCUAAUUCUAUGUGCAGCCUUGCCUCUUCCACUGCUUUACGGAACACCGGAGGCUAAAACUGCCUACGUUCUGAUUGUCAUGGCUGUACUGUGGCUGACGGAAACGAUCCCCAUACCUGUGACCAGUCUCCUUCCCAUCAUCCUCCUUCCCGCAAUGGGCGUGGCCAAAGCAGCAGACGUCAGUCAGAACUACAUCAAGGACACGUCCAUGCUGUUUAUUGGUGGGCUGAUGGUGGCGGUGGCGGUCGAGGAGUGGAAUCUACACAAGCGUAUUUCUCUUAGCGUCCUCAGGCUAGUCGGCUCCGAUCCAAAGUGGAUCAUGGCCGGCCUGAUGCUGCCCACGUGGUUUCUGUCGAUGUGGAUCAGCAACACUGCGACGACGUCAAUGAUGUUGCCGAUUGUCGAGUCUGUGUUGGUGGAGAUGAGGCUGGCGGGUUCCGGGAAAACAGAACUGGGUGCUAUUAACGAAGCCUUCUCUAUGGACUCUCUGGAAUCUGCUGCACCUGAUGGCGUCAGUCUGAAAAAAUACAAAGUAAAUCUCGACCAGAAUGGUGAGAGCUCCCCAGCAUCAGAACCAAAUGAGAGUAGUGAGCAGACUCCUGGCGAUAGCAAAGCGAAUCGUUCUAGCCAGGAUUUUUCAGACAUUACGAACAAUUCCGAGAGCAUUUCGGAAAGUAAACUUGUCCGUGAAAACGUAUCGGGCAGGCAUUCCUGGGGGUCGUCCCUCUGUGAGGUGGAUAACGAGUAUGACCAGGAAUACAAACGGAUGUGUAAAGGUCUGUCUCUGUGCAUAGCGUACGCCGCUAACGUGGGCGGGAUUGCCACACUCACAGGAUCACCCCCCAACCUCGUGUUUAAGGGCCAAGCGGAUUUAUUAUUCGAAACAUAUGGCGGUAAAUCAGGAAUCAAUUUUGCCAAUUUCAUGAUGAUAGCCCUACCGCUAUCCGCCAUGAUGCUGAUUCUAUGUUGGACUUGGCUUUUUAUCAUCUUCAUUCGAUUCAAGGGCUGCUGUAAGAAAGACAACGCUCGUAGAUCGGCGAUGACGAAGGCCAUCCAGGAACAGUUCAGAAGUUUGGGUAGAAUCACCUAUGCCGAAGUUGUUAUUUUGCUACUGUUUGCACUAUUCGCGGCCUUACUGCUGACGCGGAAAGGAAAUAACUUUCAAGGAUGGGGCACCCUCUUUCCCAACCAAUAUGUCACAGAUUCCACUGCAGCCAUGUUUAUUGCCGUCCUGUUGUUUAUCCUCCCAGCGAAGAAACCCACUGUGUUCUGUUGGCGUUAUUCAGAUGGUGUGAAGGUAAAACCGGAAUACACGCCUUUGCUUACCUGGCAAAUGAUCCAUGCCAAGCUGCCAUGGGGAGUCAUCCUCCUCCUUGGAGGCGGAUUUGCUCUGGCGGAUGCCUCUAAGAAUUCAGGUUUAUCGGAGUGGGUCGGUGAACAGCUGAAGGCUUUCAUGGACCUGGAUCCUUUGUUAGCCUGCUUCCUGCUCAUCUUGGUGGUGGCCAUGAUAACGGAGGUCACAAGUAACACAGCAACUGCCACACUGUUGAUGCCAAUAAUGGCUGAACUGGCCCUGAAAACCAAUAUAAACCCGUUGUACCUCAUGAUGGCAACUUCCAUGGCAACAUCAUUUGCUUUUAUGUUACCAGUGGCAACACCUCCAAAUGCCAUAGUAUUUUCAAAUGGGCAUCUGCGAAUUGUAGACAUGGCUCUGUGCGGAAUCGUCAUGAACGUCAUUGCUGUGUGUUGUCUGACGCUGUGCAUCAACACCUGGGCCUACAGCAUCUACGACCUGGGCACACUGCCCAGCAUCUUCAACAACAGUCUAGUAACGACACCAGCAACUAUAUAAAGCAGUGCCCUACAUCUUCAAAGAAGUUUAGCAACCAUCGCCAAAACCUACAUAAAACAUAAGGACGUUGCCUGAUAUCUUCAACGAAAGUUUUAGUAACCAUGCCGAAACCUAGUUAAUACAUGGGUAUUUUCGAUGAAUGUUUAGGAACUCCGCCCAAACCUACACCAUAAAUGGAUACAUAGAUUGAA